UCGCCAGCACCGACUGCCACUCAGAUAUACAUCAGAUGUCGCACGCAGCCAGUCCCAGUCCCAGUCCCAAUCUCAAUCUCAGCGAGGCCUUCGCCUCCGCGGGCCAGUGUGCGGCCCCAGCCAUUGGCCUCUUUGGCGGAAUGGUCAGCAUGCUGCUGCAGGCCCUGCUCUCGGCCCAGUGCCAGGUGUCGCCCCCUAGCCAGUGGCCGCCCGACUACGAGGGCGAUCUGGGCGAGCCCUACGACUUCGUGGUGAUUGGUGGCGGCUCUGCCGGCUCCGUGGUGGCCAGUCGCCUCAGCGAGAAUCCCGACUGGCGGGUCCUGGUCCUGGAGGCCGGCGGCGAUCCGCCAGUGGAGUCUGAGCCACCGGCCCUGUUCUUUGGCCUGCAGCACACGGAAUUCAUUUGGAACUACUUCGCGGAGCCCAGCCCGCUGGCCAGUCGCGGCCUGAAGGAUGGACGAGCCUACUGGCCGCGUGGCCGGAUGCUGGGCGGAUCGGGCUCGGCCAAUGCGAUGCUCUACGUGCGGGGCAAUCGGCGCGACUACGACGGAUGGGCGGCCCUGGGGAACGAGGGCUGGAGCUACGACGAGGUGCUGCCCUACUUUGAGCGCUCGGUGAGGCCGCAGGGAAAUGAAAGCCAUCCGAAGGGCUACGUGACGCUGAGCCCGUUCGAGCGGCAGGACGACGACAUCCACCAGAUGAUCCUGGCGGGCGGCCUGGAGCUGGGCGUCCCCAAUGUGGCCGCGUUCGCGGAGGGCUCGGAGACGGGCUACGGCCAUGUGCCCGGCACGGUGCGGCAGGGGCAGCGCAUGAGCACGGCCAAGGGCUACCUGGGAGCGGUGGCCGGGACGCGGCCCAAUCUGCAGGUCGUGAAGCACGCUCUGGUCCAGCAGCUGCACUUCCAGGGCGAUCUGCUGCAGGGCGUGACCUUCGAGCGGCAGGGCCGCCUGCACCGCGUCGAGGUGGCCAAGGAGGCGGUGCUCUCGGCGGGCAGCAUUGACUCCCCCGCCCUGCUGCUGCGCUCCGGCAUCGGUCCCCGCCAGCAGCUCCAGGAGCUGGGCAUUCCCCUGCAGUGGCACCUGCCAGGCGUGGGCAAAAACCUGCAGGACCAUCUGGUCGUGCCGCUGUUCCUGCGCCUCAACGAGGGCCAGACCGAGGCGGCCACUGAGCAGGAGAUCCUGGACAGCGUCUACGACUACCUGGUCCAUCGCCGGGGGCCCCUGGCCACCCACAGCACGGCCUCGCUGGUCGGCUUCGUCAACACGAACGGCAGCAGCAUAUACCCCGAUGUGGAGUACCAUCACCUGUUCUUCCGGCGCGGCCGCCACGACAUGCUGGAGAUCUUGCUGCGGGGCCUGUCCUACCAGGAGCAGUACCAGCAGCACCUCCAGGGCCUGCUGAGUGGCUCCGACCUGCUCUGCGUGUUCGUGCUGCUCUCCCACCCGAAGGCCAAGGGCGAGCUGCGCCUGCGAAGCCCCGACCCCGCCGUGCCGCCGCUCCUCGUCAGCAACUACCUGUCGGAGCGCGAGGAUGUGGCCACCGUCCUGCGGGGCAUCCGCCACAUGGAGUCCCUCGAGCGCACCGCGUCCUUCAGGGCGCAUCGGGCCGAGGUGGCCCACAUCCCCAUCGAGGAGUGCGACUCCCGGCACGAGUACCGCAGCGACGGCUACUGGGGCUGCUAUGCCAGCCACUUCACCGUCACCUGCUACCACCAGACGGGCACCGUCAAGAUGGGCCCCCCCGCCGACGCCCAGUCCUGCGUCAGUCCCCGGCUGCAGCUCCACGGAGCGCGCAACCUACGCGUGGCCGAUGCCAGCGUUAUGCCCAACGUGGUCAGCGCCAACACGAAUGCCGCCACGGUGAUGAUUGGCGAACGGGCCGCGGACUUUAUCCGCGAGGAUUGGCACCAGGCAGGGGUGCAGCCACAACAGCAGCCACACAUGCACGCGGAUGGUUUGUAGUCGAGUCAUGCCCCACUCCGAUGAGGGGGCUGACGGAAGAGGCGCCUCCGUCCAGCGGACGUUUGCCAUCUGGGGGGGAUAGUUUAAGUUAUUUAAAUGCCGUACGAGUGCGAAUAAAGGUCAGAGCUCCCUUCUGCCAUCCCAAUUAAA